AUGAAGACAGAUUUCAGUAAUGGUAAAUGCAUGUCAUACUCCCAGCAGAAUGAAGAAAAAAGGUGCAACACUAUCAUGCUUGGGAUAUGCACCAGCGUCUGUGCUGGUUUGUGCAUUUUGCCAACUGUGGUACUGCAAUUAAACUGCGGGAAUAUCCUGGAGAAAGGGAAACAAGAGUUGUUGGGUUUUUCUGGAUCAAGGCCUUCUCCUGGAGUGAGUGGAACCAACAGGUUAGAUGAAUCUUUCGAGUCUGCUAAACCUAGUUCCUGUAGAGCAAUGAGAAAUGAGCUGCAGAGCUCCAUGCUGGAUGAGAGGGAAAUACCUAAAGGAAACAAUAAGUUUAAUCUUCAGGAGGUGAACGUGGCAGGCAGUCUGAGAAGUACUAUAAAACAGAAGGUUUCUAGAGCAGCGAGGACCAGUUUUGUGUCAAUGGUAGGCUCAUCUCCUGAUGUUCAACCCUCAUCAGCAGUUCUCGAGGGUUGUGAACAGCAUACAAAUGAAAGUAGAGACUCUGCAUUGGGCAUUGCAAAUGUCCCGAAGCAUCCAACAUCUACAGAUUCAUCUGCUCAUCAUAUGGCUCAGUGGGUUGGUCAGAGACCACAUAAAAUCUCUCGCACAAAGAGAGCCAAUCUUGCUGGUCCAGUCUCAAACAAUGAUGAAGCUCAGAUAUCAUCUGAAAGCCUUACAACAUCCGAUCUUAGUGCUAGAACUCCUUCUCAUGCAACCAGCAGAUUGCAUCUUAGCAGCAUAGACAAUAGCAAUACCAAAUUGAAAAUGAAAUCAGAGACUGUUUCACCUCCUGUUGGAUUUUCUCAAGGUGAAGAUUCAAGAUGUGGAGAGAACAAGUUGAAAGAAAAAGCAGAUACUGGUGAGGUUUCUGUAAAUGCAGAUUGUAAAGCUGGGGCUUUAUUAUUGCCAUCAAGGAAAAAUAAAACAAUUUUUAAGGAAGAAAAUGAAGAUGGUACAAAGGGCGAAGUUUGGACUGGGGGGUUUUCAUCAUCAACUAGACCAUACAUUUCUCAGACAAGGAAGAAUGGAGAGAAAUUACAUGUAAGGAAGACACUUCAAAGGAUGAAGUGUACCUCUGAUAAAAAUAAGAGUAAGUAUGGCCGUCCACCUUCAAAGAAGCCAACCGAUCGCAAGACUUCGUUUUGUACCCAGCAUGUGAUAAACUGUGGCUCCUCAGAUUUCACAGGUAAAUCAUUUGAUGAUCAUGAAGAAUUAUUAACUGCUGCAAACUCUGCUUGUAAUGCUAGUAAGGUUUCCUGUUCUGGUCCAUUUUGGAAGAAAGUGGAAUACCUCUUUGCUUCUGUCAGCUUUCAGGAUGCAGAGUACUUGAAGCAGCGACUGAAUCGUGGAGAGGAGCUCAUUGAGAGUCUGUCUCAGAUUAUUGGUGUCGAAUAUGAUGCUUUGGGUUUACUUAAGCACAAAAACGUGCCUCUUUAUUCUGGUGGAAGACAAGAAAACACCUCAACUCAAGAAUCAGUCAAAUCUGAUGUGUUAUUUGAUGGGUUUGACAUGGGAAGGAGGUUUGACAAAGUUCCUCCACUGUAUCAGAGAGUUUUCUCUGCUCUAAUUGAAGAAAAUGUUAGUGAAGAGUCAUAUAAUCAGAAUGAAGGCAGAAAUAAGUCCAUUCAGUGCACAAGUGAUGAUUCUCAUUGUGGUUCUUGUAACCUUAUUGAUGUUGAACUAAAAGAUAGGGACCGAACAGAAUCUGAGGUUGAGUCAGAAGUAGAUUUGCAGACUCAGAAGCAUUGUUUACUGGAUAGAUUUUCAUGUAAUAGGAGUGCUUCACCUAACACCAAUAGUAACCGAAGUGUAUCCAGUUCUUUAUCUUCCAAUGAACAAUGGCAAUCGGAUGAUUGCUUGUCAUAUCCGGAUGCAGGAGUUCUCCCUGGGAGUUGUCAGAAUGAUCUGGGUUUGCCAAAUUCUAUGCAAGUUGAUGGUUCUGCUAAUUCCUCAUCAGGCUGUGAAUACCAGAAGCUGUCCCUGGAUGACAGGUUACUGCUGGAGCUACAGAGCAUUGGCUUGUAUCCAGAGACAAUGCCUCAUCUAGUGGAAAGAGCAGAGAUUAAUCAAGAUAUUGUGGAACUUCAAGGGGGUCUGUACCAGCAGGUAGGAAAAGUGCAGAAAAAUUUAGGGAAAAUUGAGAAAGCUAUUCAACGUGGAACAGUUGUAGAACGACGGAACAUGGAACAGGUUGCAAUGAACCAACUGAUUGAAAUUGCUUACAAAAAAUACAUGGCUUCACGAAGGAGUCACUCCUCGAAAGGUGUGGUUGGUAAGGUCUCAAAACAAGUUGCAUUGGCCUUUGUCCGCCGUACUCUUGCUAGAUGUCAAAAGUUUGAAGACGGUGGCACGAGUUGCUUUAGUGAGCCUAAUUUGCGGGAUGUUAUCUUCUCUGUGCUUCCAUCCAACACUGAUGUUAAUUCUGUUGAUUGUAUUGGCUCAAAGACCUCUGGUAGUAUGUAUAAUGAAGCACAGAGCCAUAAAGCAGAACCUAGGGGUUCAGCCACUGUUGCCGUUUCCAGUCCUUUUGAGAGAAACCAUUCUCGUAGUGAUAAUUUACUGAAUGAGGGGAAGAACAAGGAAGUGCUACUUGAUAAUAUACGUAGUGCUUCCUUAAAAUCAACAUCAGUUCUGGCCAGCACUGUCCUUUGUGAAGUGAAGGGAAAGAGAAGCGGGAGAGCGAGAGAUCAAAAUAGGAAUAUGUUGAUGAGCCAUCGUGUUUCUGGCACUGGUUGCCCAUCAGUAGGCACCUUCGGGAGUGACCACAAAUCAAAAACAAAGCCCAGACAAAAUACAAAUCAUUCGUUCACUUCAGGAAAUGGAUGUCAGGACACAUUAAUGGAAGCAACAAAUCUUGCCUGCCCAUCAGUUAGUGAAUCCGAUCAAUCACUGGCUAAAGUUAGCAAUUCAUCGCGCAGAGAAGAAGGGCUUCCAUCUCCUGUUAACAUCACUCGGGAUGCAUCUAAAGAGGAAGAGGCUGCUGAUUUUGAAAUGUUGCGGCUAGAUGGAUUAGAAGAAAUAGGUGUGUCCGAUGAUCCUAGUGGGAUUCAAGAUCUCGGUACCUGGUUGAACUUUGAUGAAGAUGGCUUGCAAGAUCAUGACUCCAUAGGUCUUGAAAUACCCAUGGAUGACCUCUCAGAUUUGAAUAUGAUAAUGUAA